AUUAGAAAACGAACCGAAAACUUGUUAUCAAGAAAACUUGCGAGUGGUGGUUUUAUAAAAAUAAAUGCCACAAUAUGUCCACACAUUGGAAGCAAAAUGCAUUUCUUAUAUGCUGUGUGCUGCUCUUCGGCCUUCUAUUGGGUUUGAUUAUUUGGUGUCAGCCUGGUAGCAGCAGCAAUAGUAGCAAAGGAGUUGGCCACACUACACACAUACCUAGCAGCAUUUUGAACCAGUCGGUUACGUGGACAAGUAGUACAGGCUUUCCACCUGUAGUCGAUUCGCCAGACAUCCCAACGAUAUUCAUAAAUCAUUCAUUUAUAGGCGAUGAGCAGUGGCCCGAAGAAGAGGAUAUCAAAGAUGACAUUGGCGACAUCAAUAAUAGCAUUCCCGAUGAUUUCACCAGUGACUUUGUUACGCCACGAAAGGUGCAUAAUUCCACAUUAAGCGAAGAUGAUAUGCUCUAUGAGUCGAAUCGCAAUAAAAUUAGUGAACCGAAAGAUUUAUAUUCCGCAUUCGAUGAAACGGGCACAUUUCGUAGUAAAUCUAGUCAAAUAUGGGAUCCGCAUCCCCAAUAUAUAAUGACCGCUUUUGGGCAUGAAUUGCAUUUGGUUUUACAUCAGGAUUCAUCAUUCAUACCAAAGCAAACAUUUAGUGUAAUUCGUAUACUUAAUAAUAGAACCGAAGAGGAAGAGGAUGAAGACGAAGCCAACGCCCAUUCACUGGGCUGUUUUUACAAAGGCGAAGUGCAAGGCGAUAAACAGUCAACGGUGUCCGUGUCACUCUGCAAUGGCAUGACUGGUUACAUUAAAACAAGUUUUGGCUCACUGCUCAUACAACCGGUCAAUCAAACGGGCGAUGGCGAUUCGGAGGUGUUGCACAAAGUGUGGCGUCAUUCGCGCCGCAAUGCCAGACACGCAGUCGCCGCCGAUUCAUUGGGCAUGGAAUUGCUGGAGCUCGAAGAGAGUUUAUUCACAAAGCUGCAUCGCAAGAAACGCAACUACGUCGACCGUCAUGUCUUCACCAUGGAAGUGCUGGUGGCUGUCGAUAAAACGAUGAGUGAAUUUCACGGUGCCGAUUUGAAAUCGUACAUACUUACGCUAAUAUCGAUUGUUUCGAAUAUAUUUGCUGAUGCCAGUAUUGGCAAUUCGAUUUAUAUUUCUGUGGCGAAUAUAUUGAUUCUGCGUGACGAUCGCAGAAAAGCCAAGUCAGCGUCUGAAAUGUUGAAGGAAUUUUGUAAUAUUUUUUCGAAGCAGGGUUACCACUAUGAUACAGCAAUGCUCAUUACACGCGAUCAAAUUUGCGGCAAUGAAGGAGAGCGCUGCGACACUUUGGGUCUGGCAGAACUGGGCACUGUCUGCAAGCGUCGAUCGUGUUCCAUAGUACAGGAUAAUGGAUUGCCAGCCGCUUUUACCAUUGCGCACGAGUUGGGGCAUGUGUUAAAUAUGCCACAUGAUGACGAUGAUCUAUGCAAACCUUUCAAUCGUCCGGGCACUAAAAAUAAAAUGCAUAUUAUGUCGAGUAUUAUGGGCAGCGACAUUCAUCCGUGGUCGUGGUCGGAUUGUUCGCGCAAUUAUGUCUCGGAAUUUUUAGAAAAAGAAGACAAAUCCUGCCUCGAAGAUACGCCAACAUUCUACAUUAAGAACUUCAACACCAAGUUGCCCGGUGAGAUCUACUCGCUCAACCAUCAAUGCCAGCUAAUUCAUGGCAAUCAAUCGCGCUAUUGUCGCAUCGAUGGCGAAUGCAAGCGUUUGUGGUGCAAAACGGAUAGUAGCAGCAGUGAUUGUCGCAGCAGCAAUCUGCCCUGGGCUGAUGGCACUCCGUGCAACAACGACCGCCACUGGUGUCAGAAGGGCGAAUGUGUGCCGCGUGAGGGUAAAUCGCUGCAGGCCAUACACGGCGGCUGGGGUGCAUGGAGCGCUUUCACACCGUGCAGUUUGACUUGUGGUGGUGGCGUACAGGAAUCACAGCGGGAAUGCAACAAUCCAUUGCCGAAGAAUGGUGGUAAAUAUUGUGCAGGCAGUCGUAAGAAAUAUCGCUCGUGCAAUACGCAUGCGUGUCCGCCGGGCACAAUGGAUUCGCGUGAGCAGCAGUGCUACGAAAUGAAUGGCAGAAAUUUCUCCAGCAAGGGUAUUGCACGUUCGGCCAAAUGGAUACCCAAGUAUGGAUUGUCCUCGGCGGACAAAUGCAAAUUGUUUUGCCGCUUGGAAGACAACAGCGCGUAUUUUAAACUCUCGGAUAAGGUGAAAGACGGCACCACAUGUUCAUUCGACAGUUUUGACAAGUGUGUCAAUGGCAUUUGCCGGCCGGCAGGUUGUGACAAUGAAUUGAAUUCGCUGGCGAAAUUAGACAGAUGUGGCGUUUGUGAGGGUCGCAACGAUACCUGCCAGGAGCAUACUGGCAACUUUUAUGUUUCCGAUUUGUUCAAAUCCAAGUCCGAGUCAUACUAUUACUAUGUGACAACCAUACCAAAAGGUAAUAAAUUAUGUCUUCUCCUUUUUUUAUAUAUAAAUUUUUUUCUAGAGACCAAAGAUUAUUUCAUACUUAAAAAAUGCACGCUAAUGACUAUUCUGUGCCAUACAAACUUGUUAGAUUUUUAUAUGUCACAUUAA